AAAAUAAUAGUGGAAAAACAAAAGUCUUCGCAUUAACACCGUGCGGAAAACAUGGCUGGAAGUAUUAAGCAAGAGGAUGUUUGCUACGUGGUGGCCAAAUACGACUACGCUUCGCAAGGUGCCCAAGAGCUGGAUUUGAGGAAAAACGAACGUUAUCUUUUGCUGGACGACAGCAAGCACUGGUGGCGGGUACAGAACACGCGCAACCAGUCCGGCUACGUGCCUAGCAAUUACGUAAAGAAGGAGAAAAAAUCGGUCUCGCUGUUCGAUAGCUUCAAGAAAAAGGUCAAGAAAGGUUCGGGCAGCAAAACGUUACCGAACUGCUCGCCCUCUCGACAGGUGGACAGUCCUACCAUGAGCCGGCGGCUACCACCGGAUCCGUCGGAAGCGAUCGCUUCCACCCCGAUAGGAUCUGCCAUAGUGAAAUACAACUACCAGGCGCAGCAACAGGAUGAACUGUCGCUGACGAAAGGCACACGGAUACUGAUAUUGGAAAAGUCAAACGAUGGAUGGUGGCGCGGCCAGAGCGGAUCGGCCACCGGUUGGUUCCCGAGCAACUACACUACGGAAGAAAACGAAGACGACACCCUGCAUACGUACGCGAUGGCGGAAAAUGUGCUAGACAUUGUCGUUGCCCUGUACUCUUUCAAUUCGAACAACGACACUGAGCUAUCGUUCGAGAAGGGCGAUCGGUUGGAAAUCCUCGAUCGCCCCGCGGCUGAUCCCGAGUGGUACAAAGCACGCAAUAAUAACGGACAGAUUGGGCUGGUGCCGCGAAACUAUCUUCAGGAGUUGUCGGAAUAUUUAGCGCAACCCUUUAGAAGCAACGGCAGUGGUCCGGACUCUCUCGACCGCCGGCCUAACGACGCUCAAUCGAACAACAACAAUUCCAACACCAACAAUAGUAACAAUAACAACUCGCAGCAGCCGGAGCGACCCCAUCUAACCGGCAAAAGCUGGUACUAUGGUGCCAUAACGCGAAGUCAAUGUGAUACGGUGUUGAACUCUCACGGACACGAUGGUGACUACUUAAUUCGCGAUAGUGAAACAAAUCUGGGAGACUAUUCAGUAUCGCUGAAGGCACCCGGACGCAAUAAGCACUUCCGCGUGCACGUCGAAGGAAACAUGUACUGCAUUGGGCAGCGUAAGUUUCACACUCUCGAUCAGCUAGUGGACCACUACCAAAGAGCCCCCAUCUACACCAACAAGCAGGGCGAAAAGUUAUAUCUUGUGCGACCAUUGCCCAAAGCCAAUGGUACCUAA